AUGGGGCUUGAAGAAUCUUGCCUUUUGCAAUGGUACUUUGUGUAUAUACCGUCCGUGGAUGCACUCACGCCGGAAGAGCUUCGCAAACGUAUUCCGAAUUGGUCUCUUGAAUCGGACGGCCAACUGUUGCAGUACAUGGUUUCGAUCGCGAAGAACGUGGAAAAUUUAUGCAGCAGAACUAGAGAAAACUUAGACAGCUUGAUGCUAAAUGUAAAACACUCGGAACUGGCAUUAGCGAACGCAACGAAUCAGUUUUCUGCCGUGGAACAGGUGAAAUUUGUUGAAAACCGUGUCGAAGAAGACGAUGAAAGUUUCUACGGAUUGCGCCGGCGCCGUCAGCAAGUAGAUGAACCGCGAAAAGAAGCAGAACAGGAGCAAGUCGACGAACGGACACUAGACGAUCUGAUCCAGCUAGCAGUGGAACGAUCUACAGAACGAAUGUAUCAAUCGUACGAGAAAUUUCCGCUUCCGCUAUCGGACACUGAAUCGAGCGAUGAGGAUUAUCCCGCACCUGCAAGGCGAACAAUAAUGCAAGCCGUACCAACGACCUACGCAUCGGAACGACUCUUGCCGCUUGUGAUUGGUACGCAAAAUUGGCAUAACAGUUGGCACGUAGGAUUGAACGCUGGAUACGGAUCAGAUUCGGAUCGAAAAGAAGAGUACUCUGACUCACCGAGUGAAACGGAUGACGGAGGAAUGUUUCCAUCUCAACCGAACAGCAAACAGCACACUCCGUCCGAAUCGGAAAGCUCAAUCUGGGGUACGGAGGGUCGAAAACGGGCACCUUCCCUCGAUCCCAGCAUCACUGGGGACGAUGGAUCGUCCAUUUAUUCGUUUGCUAGUUCGUCGAAGGUUCCUCGUACGUUGCCAACCAAGCAAGUCGUGGUUGGACGGUCGGACAGUUCAAGGCUGAAACCCCCAAGCUUAUUCCCAGAAGAACCACCGCCAGAAGAUGGCCGGCCAUCGAAAAGUGAACGCGGACUGUUUGAUGAUUCGCCAGAGGUGGACGAACCAAUGCCAACACCAACACCACAGCCGCGUCAAACAGUGCCGGUAAAUGACACCACAAAAGCCUUCUUUAAAGGCAACACCCAACCAGCUGCGCGAAAGCUGGUUAAUCUGUUCGAUGAUGAACCACCGGAACCGUUGCAAGACCCGUCAGUGUUACCGGAACGAAAGAAAACUAUUAACCUCUUUAUCGAGAGUGACGAUGAUGAGGACGAGGUUCUGGAGAAUGUUCGCAACAAUAAUCGUACAUCGGCGAUCGACCCGAAGCAACCGAUAUUGAAUCAGGUACCGAAACAUCGUGGAUCGGCACUAACGAGUCCCAAACCGAUGCCGGAAUUGAUUGAUGAACUUAACAACAAUUUGCGAAAGCAACAUGAACCUUCUGCUGGGCCAGAACUGUCGCGAGUUGUCUCGACAGAAAGCAAUCGACAUCGUCCCGUGCUAGCAAAUAAGCAACGGCCAGAAACGAAUCUUUUCGACGAUGAACCACCAUUAGAUACGUUCGAUCAGUUGUUUAAUGCGGCAAAAGUUUCCGCUAAGCAAGCUGUUCGACUUAUAGACCCACCGGCACCACAGAUGACCACAAGUGCGGUGAGAGAUAAAAUAAUCGUAAAUCUAUUCGCCGAAGAUGACGAGGACGAUUAUGGUGGUAUUGUGGUGGGUAGCAAUGAAACAAAAUCGCCAACAAAAUCACCCCAACAAGGAACACAAAAUAUUUCUGGUCGUAUCAUGCCACCCAAACCGGUAGACCGGUUGCCCGUGGGAAAGAAGAAAUCUAUCUUUGAUGAAUCGGAAUCAGAGGAGGAUGCUGAGGCCGUUUUGUUUGGAGGUUCCGGGAAUGUGAAUCCGGUUGGGUCAACAAUACCAAAAGCUACACCAAAAGUGAUCAAGUCUAUAUUCAGUGAUAGCUCCGAAGCGGAAGAUGACGAUGAUGAGGCGCUGUUUGGAAAAUCCUCAAGUAUCUUGAAGGAUAAAUUAGAUGCAUUGAAACGGAACGUUGGUACAGUGGGUGCACAUACAGAACAAAUUCCACCGAGUAAGAUGGAAAAUAACCUUUCCAGCAAAAGUAAAUCACUUUUUGACGAAGAUUCCGACAAUGACCAACUUGUCCCAAAUGAUCAACCAUUGGUCGGAAGCUUAUCAAAACCAGCAGCCGUGUUGGAGCCUGUUAAAACUACGAAAAACGCUCCGAGAGUGUCUUUAUUUGAUGAUGAACCACCGUCUGACGACGAAGAUGCACUGUUUGGCAAAAGUGCUACAAAAACUGAUAUUCGGAAUAAUGAAGUUCAACAACAAGCUGUUUCAAAGGAUGAACUUUUCGCUGGGACUCAAUCUGAUGAGAGUGUCCCAAAACAGUUACUGGAAUCGAUCAAAUCUCAACCCGCUCGCAAAGAAGCUCCCGUCGAUUCAACUAAUAUUCGAAGUUUGAUUUUGAAGAAAUCCAUUUUUAAUUCGGAUUCGGAAAGCGAAGAGGAUGAUUCUAUUUUUGAUACCGUACCAAAAAGUGCGACAAUUAUGAAGAAUACAGCGACUCCACCGGAUGCUAAUGUAAUGGUAGGCGAGAGGGAAUUAUUCCCAGAACAGGAAGAAUCGAGCCAGAUGCAAGAUACACCACCAAACGAUGUGGAGGUGCCAUCAGUUGAGAUAAAAGCAAAUGUUGAAGAGGAUACGAAAUCAACUGAUGAACAAAAUGAAGAAAAUUCUUCACAAUCUAUAAAAAACGCCGUACAGAACGAGUAUAAUGGCGUAGUUCAAAUGCCAGUUGAUCAAACUCCUUUUGAGGGAUCGACGUCUAAGAGUGGUAACGAACCUUCUAGCGAUGGUAGGACGUAUAGUAUCGAAGAAAAGGAUGAAUUUCCUCACACCAAACCAUGUGAUGAAGUGGAAAAUUGUAGACCAACCUUAGAAAUUGUGAUUCCCAGUAAUAAUGUCCAAGUGGAUACCGAGCAUAGUGAACUCUUUGCGGUUGAAAGAUCAGAGAAUAUCGAAAAGAAUCACAACGAACACGGAGUGGACGAAUCAAAUACGGGAAUGAUGAUAGCAAAUGAUAUAGAUUAUUAUCUGCACACGAAUGAAACUACUAAAGACGAGAGCACACCUCUGACGCCUCCUUCAGCAAAGUCUGAACCAAAAAGUGCCUUAACAUUCAGCCCAAUUGGUUUGUUCGAUGACGUACCACCACCGGAUGAUGGUGACGAAACGGACGAUGCAACACAACAUCGGCAACACCCGCACAACACCGUAUCCGGCGAGCCAGCGAUGCCAUCGAUCAUGGACGAUACAGCUAGCUACCCAACAGAGUCACAAUCGCUUAACUUCAUACCGAAUAGUGGAAUUGGUGGUAACCGUUCACGGUAUCUCUUUGACGAUGAACCACCACCGGAUGAAGCAGAUAAUGCCAGGCCAAAGUCUAAUUUUGAUGAUCUGUCUGCCGGUCGGAUGGGCAGCUCAGUUAGUAAAGGGCCGUUUGAUAACGUCGCUCCUGCCUCGUUACCUCCGAUGGUGGAGGACAGCAAUCGUGUAGAUUCUACCAAACCUGGCCGUCUAAAGGUUAACAAAUUGAACACUAAAAUUAAUAUCAACGUUGCAGCCCUGUUACCCGGUGCAAAAAGAUCGAGCGGUAAUGUUAGCAGUUCGUCGGAGAAGGUCCUUAAUGAUGUGAAUAAUGAUGCGAUCACUGCUAACCAAAUGAAAUCGACACACUCCGGAGAUGUAUCAACUAGUGAAAAAUUAACAGGCUUAAACAAGGGCAGAGCAAGAAUACCUACCAAACGUAAACCUCCUUCUCGGCAGAAUCUUCGCGCAGGAACUGGAACGGGAAGUUCCUCACUGCUGAGUUCCCCCAGGGAAGAAGAACACAUUCAAAACGAUGCUGAGAAACCAACAGCAGAUGAUCGUAUUGUCGUUGGAUCGGAAGGAAAAAUAGAGCACAUUGAAGCUGGCCUACCGCAAACGAAUUUCUCUCCCGUACCGAAGCGCAAUGAUGAUCCAUUCGUUGAUCGUUUGAGUGCUAGUGUACGAAACCCAACGAAACGAUCGGUGCUACCUGAUGGUACUGAAGGUGCUAAACCGGUGGCAGUCGUUUCGGUUCAGAAAACAGUGGCAAAGCCUUCGACCAAAUCCAUUUUUGACGAUAGUGAUAGUAACGGUGAGGAUAACGAUGUGUUCACCAGCAAACUACCAUCCAAGGCGGUUCCUAUUAAGAAACCAGCUCCGGUACAAGAAGCACCGACCAAACAACCACCGAAUGUUGGUAGCCGAAGUAUUUUCGUUUCCGAUGACGAAGACGACAAUGCUGGUGACGGUGAAGAUGAUCUUUUUGGUACGAAAGUAUCAUCCAUUGCUGGUCAGCUAAAAUCUAAAGGUGUGGAGGCGUCCGCGUCGCGUUUGGGAGCUAAAACGGAACGGAAGGGUCUGUUCGACGAUGACGAUGAUGGCAUGGACGAUGAUGAUGAUCUGUUCGGUAGUAAAUCCAGAACAACCGCCAAAGUUAACAACCAUCAGCUGCAAUUGGAUCAAACCAAGGCGGGAAGUAGAUCCGUUCCGAUCAUAACUAGACCCCUUACGACCACCACUCAAACGGGUGAUGAUCCGUUGGCGGAUUUGUUAGCCGAUUCGUGA